GUGGGACACACACUGCUUGCAAGCUGUAUCCAAUAAAAACCUGCUUAAUCGAAGGAGACCUGUCUUGAGAAGUUAUUAUUGGUACGCUGUGCACGUAUUGGUGAUGACUCUUCAGCAGAUUGUUCGAACAGCAGCCAGGUUAUAUCCUGAGAGGAGAGCAGUAUGCUUUGAUGAGUGCAACAAUAAGACUCCCGCCACGUACACAUAUAAGACAGUUACCACCCUAGCCACAGAACUGACUGAUUUUUUGAGGGGAAAGUGUAAUCUCACUGAAAAUUUUGUGAUAGGCCUCUACUGCUGUCCAGGGAUAAAUCUGCCUUCUUGGAUUAUAGGAAUUCUCCAAGUGCCAGCUGCUUAUUCCCCUAUUGAUCCAGAUGCUCUGCCAACCCUGUCUACUUACAUUAUGGAAAAGUGCAACUUCAGAUAUGUCCUUGUGGAGAAAGUCAUACUUGAUAAAUUCAAAGUCACGUUUGGACACUUGUUCUGCCAUAAUUCCCUUGAAAUACAGAGCGUUGGCUUAAUUCUUUUCCAAAGGAACAGCAGUAGUAUUGAUGUAAAUCUGUUGAUGGAUCAUGAAAAUGAUAAAAAUGAAAGGCCUGCAGUGACAAAUUGCUGGGAGGAAAAUAUUUUAGGCCAGACUGAGACAAAGCAAUCCAAAGAGCUGUUGGAUGCCAGAAAGAAAUACUCCUUAGCCUAUGUUUUGCAUACAUCGGGAACAACAGGGAUUCCAAAAAUUGUCAGAGUGCCCCACAGAUGCAUAAUACCAAAUAUUCUUCAUCUGCGAGAUCUGUUUCAAAUCACCCCAGAUGAUGUGAUAUUCAUGGCCUCUUACAUGACAUUUGAUCCAUCUGUAGUUGAGCUAUUUGUUACUCUGGCGAGUGGAGCUUCUCUGCUUAUUGUACCCCAGAUUAUUAAAAUGAUGCCCCAGGAGCUGUCUGAGGCUCUCUUUGAGCGCCACCGAGUAUCUGUAUUACAGGCCACACCAACACUUCUGAGAAGAUUUGGAGUUCAGCGCAUCAAAUCAACUGUGCUAUCUGCCAGUACUUCGCUGCGAGUCCUAGCUCUUGGCGGAGAAGUGUUUCCUGACCUGAAUGUGCUGAGAAGCUGGAAAGGAGAAGGAAAUAAAACACAGGUGUUUAAUAUCUAUGGCAUUACAGAAGUCUCUUGCUGGGCUACAUGCUACAAGGUCCCUGAAGCGUUAUUUGAUUCUGAUCACCGAUUUGAUUCCCUUAUACCAUUGGGGACCCCAUUAUCUGGAACAAGAGUUGAAGUCAGAAAUUCCAGUGGUUCUGCCAUUCUGGAAGGUGAAGGUCAAGUGUUUAUAGGAGGUGAAGAACGUGUCUGUUUCCUUGAUGGCGAAGUUCCAUCGCCUGGGGCCACCAUGAGAGCAACUGGAGAUUUUGUAAGAGUUAAGGAUGGAGAAAUGUUUUACUUGGGGCGGAAGGACAAUCAGAUUAAGCUUCAUGGCAAGAGGCUCAAUAUUGAAUGGAUUCAGCAGCUUGCGGAAGACAACUGUCAAGUGGAAGCCUGCGCUGUGAUAUGGUACCAAAAAGAGAAAUUGAUUCUGUUUGUUGUGCCCAAAGGCAGUUUCAGACGAGAAGAUCUUUUCAGAAAACUCCAGGGAUGUCUCCCCAGCCACUCAGUCCCAGUUGAGCUUUUGCUGAUCGACGCUUUGCCUUUGACAUCACAUGGGAAAGUUGAUGUGUCUGAGCUGAACAAGAUCUACAGCAGCCAUCUGAAUUCCAGAAGGAGUGACAGGAAGCUGAAUAAGAAAGAAGAAUUGUGGGAGAGACUGCAGGGGUUCUGGAAGUCUCUUCUGAAUCUUCCUGAUGAUUCCAGCAGCAUUUCGGAAGAUUCAUCAUUUUUGAACAGCGGUGGAGAUUCUUUAAGAUCGUUACACCUCCACGAUGAAAUUGAAAAUCUGGUUGGCAGGGCCAUUCCUGGCCUCCUGGAAGUUAUUCUCAGUCGCUCCAUUGCUGAAGUCUACAAACAUGUCCUGCAAGCCGCUUUUCCAAGCGAAGAUCAAAAGUUAAGUUGCAACAGCUCCGAAAAAAGGAAACGGAGAAACAGUAGUGGAGAGGAGCCAAGGAUAAAGGCUGUGAAGCCAAACGUUGGAAGGUCCCUAAAAAGUGAAGCCCACAGUGUUGGAUUCGUUGCAGUAAGCCGCGGAAACCGAUUGUUGUCCACAGAUGAACACCUGAAGAACCAGGGUAGAGCAGGAACUCAGCUAAGAGAAUCAAUGCCCUUUCCACUUGUUCUAAGUGAACACAGAGGGAAUGAAGUUUUGAAGAGUAAUGAAACAGUUGCUAGCCAUGCAAAUACAACAGAAAUUGACUCUGUGCAACGAACUCACCUAGAAGAGAACCUUGGAAGAACUGCUGGGAAGUUGACAUUAGACGUAAGGUGGAAGUCAGACUUGGGCAAGUGUGUGGAUGCCUCUCCCCUAGUUGUAGUACCAGUCAUUGACCAGUUAUCUGCCUCUGUAUAUAUUGGAUCUCAUUCUCAUGCAAUUCAGGCAGUUGACUUGUAUUCCGGAAAAGUGAAGUGGGAGAGAUGCCUUGCAGAUCGCAUAGAGUCCUCUGCCUGCGUGUCUCUGUGUGGAAACUUCAUAAUUGUUGGGUGUUAUAAUGGGUUAGUCUAUGUACUCAGAAGCAGUAAUGGGGAAAUACGAUGGACGUUUGUUGCGGAAGAUGCUGUGAAAAGCUCUGCAGUGAUGGAUCCUUCCACGGGGCUGGUUUUUGUUGGAUCUCAUGACCAGCAUGUAUAUGCUUUAGAUAUUUAUAAGGAAGAGUGUGUCUGGAAGUUACACACUGACGCCGGAGCUGUAUUUUCCUCCCCUUGCCUAAACCUCUUGCCACACCACCUAUACAUUGCUACACUCGGAGGGCUGUUACUGGCUGUAAACCCUGUUACGGGGAGUCCAAUCUGGAAAGGCGUUUGUGGAAAACCUGUCUUUUCAUCACCACAUUGCAACAAGGACUGUGUGUGUGUCGGAUGUGUAGAUGGAAAUUUGUAUUGCUUUAGCCACUUCGGAGAAAAGGUCUGGCAGUUUUCCACUAAUGGGCCAAUUUUUUCAUCACCAUGCCUUUCCAGUUUUGCUAGAGAAGUAUUCUUUGGCUCCCAUGACCACUUUACUUACUGUUGUAAUAGGGAAGGUGAUUUAAUGUGGAAAUUUGAAACCACAUCAACAGUAUAUGCAACACCAUUUGUUUUCCACAGUCGUGACUUGGAGGAUAAAACACUUCUGGCAGUAAUAUCUACAGAUGGCAGAAUUUGGAUCUUGAACGCUAAGACUGGUGUGGUAGAAGGUUCAGGGAAACUUCCAGGGGAAGUGUUCUCUUCUCCUGUCGUAUGGGGAACUAAGCUUGUUGUUGGCUGUAGAAAUAACUAUGUUUAUUGCCUGGAUUUAUGUAUAUCAAAAAACAGUAAGACUGCCUGAAAUCUGCAGUGGACAGUUUCCUUUUCAGACUUUUCCUCCCAUAUGUUUGAGCUCUGGUUAUUCCAACUGUGCACCUUUUGGACCCUGUCAUGUUUAUAAAAAUAAAGCAUCAAAGGCAAGGUUGUGUUAACAAUUUAAACUAACAAUAUGAUCUGCAUCUCCGCUAAGCCUGGGUGCUUAAAAUUAAAUUGAUGCCAUUGUUUGUGCAUAUUGUACAGAUAACCAGGAAUCCUUUAGAAAGCAUAUUAGACGUGGUUAUAACUAGCUAUAUGUAUUAGCUAAUUAAAAGCAUGAUAAAUAUGCACUGUGUUUGUUGCCAACUCAGAUUCAUUAACACACUUUCAAAACUGGAAUUGAAUUUUUCUCAGGGACAAAUGGUGAUAUGUAACAUUUAACAACUUGUUUAAAAUAAUACGAGGCUAUGAAUGUACAAACCCAUAAUCAUUUGAUUGCAGCAAAAAUUGUUUGGGGCAUGUUACUGAAAACUACUGAGUUAGUUAACUAAGACCUUAGGUAUUGUAGGAACAGAUGAGCUGACUGAUGCAGUUUCCCAAAGAAUGGAUCUGUUCACUUCAGUAACUUCUAGUGGAGAACUCUUGCAAUUUUGAAAGUUUGUAUGAACGAUAAAUUAAAAUGGAUAUAUUUAAGAUGUUUAGAUAGUUCCAAAUAUUAGAAGUGCCUGGCUCUGUUUUGUUUCCCCAUAGCAUCUGUUUUACUAAUGGCAUACUUAUGGCAUGUUGAAGAAUUGUGCACAUUGCACGGAGGAACUAUUAAAGGUAACAAUAACCUCCUAAGACAUAUGUCAGUAACACUUACUGAUCAGGAUCUCCACCUGUGUGACGAAGUGUGCACUCACACGACAGCUCACAUCUUGAUUAAAAAACUAUUGGUUCUAAAGGUGCCAUUGGACUCUAACUUUGUUGUAUUGCUUCAGACCAACAGGGCUGCCCACCUUGAUCUAUAUUUGUGGGCUGAGUUCAUGGGUGGAUGUCAUAGUAUUCAACUGAUUUUUUUUUCUCCAGAUGAAAGAAGAUAAAUUAAUAUUAUUUGGUAAUACAGAAAUUUGUUGUACUGUAAUUGUUUACAUAUUGCCAGAGAGGAUGAAGUUGAGAAUUUAAAUAUCUAUGUCAUUACAGAGCUUUUUACAAAAGUGAAUGAAUGAAUGAACGAUGAAUAAAAAGGACUUUCAC